AUGGAACCUGCAGUGGGGGCAGCUGCUGCUGAUGAAGAGAAGGGAGAAGACCAGACAGGGAAGGAAGGGAAGGAGGAGGAGGGGGAGAAAACAGAGAGAGGGAGAGAGACCCGCGAGACACAGGCAGAGACAGAGAGACGCAGAAGAGACGGGAUCGGGCAGAGGCGCAAAGACGGAAGAAAAAGAGAACCGGACAGAGACACAAAGGCAGGUAGAGCCAAAGAGACAGGCAGAGGAGUGGGAUUCGGGAGCGCACAGCAAGACAGAGACAGGGAGGCAGAGAGAUAGGUGGAGGCAGAGAGAGACUUAGAGGCGUCAGGGGGUUGGGGAGACGAGGCAUCCAAACUGA